CCAACUGCACGGCGUGCUAAAUCCAGGUCACGAUCGCCAACCAGCGUCACCCGGAAACGCCUAGAAAAGCGCCCACGCACCUCUUUGCGUCACCGACUCCUUGCUAAAGCUUUAACUCCUGCCGACCACGAUGUUAUACGGACGCAUUUUCGACCACUGGAGGACAACAUCGCCUCAACGGCCAAACAAACACCUGGUUUGAGCCGGGAGGAGGAAUCAGUGGCCGGCCAAACACCAUCGCCGCGGCGGCGUUGGCAGCAGACAAAAUCGCGACGACGUAAGCGUUCCAUAUUUGAUUUGGAAUUACCGAAACCCACCGAGUCCGCCAGUGCGACCGACAGGGUCGAAGAAAGGAUUCCUAUAGCUCUGGUGCAGUCACCCACAGUGCUAGACUCCAACGAUCGACGGCAGAGCAUGAGGCUAAGGACAAAGCGAAGACAGUCGGUCGUCGUGGAUGCUGAGAUUAGUCUCAAUUCCUGUUCUGUUGUUAUUACGCCCAUCAGUAAACGAAGUAGCCUGGAGGAAUUCCUUAUCGGCGAUGGUGCUCCCUACCAUUUCAAGUUAUCCAAACAAACUUCGGACUCCACGGAUAUACCAGCGAAGCCCCGCGAACUCCUCUUCACAGGUUUGAACUCUGAGGAGCGUCAGAUUCUCAUUUCCCUCUUGCGGACCAGUAGUCUGGGCGAGAAAGAGAUCUCUCCGGUAAUUAACCACCGCCUUUGCGGUCACCAGCGACCACGAGGUGGUGCGGACAGCAGCACCUGUUUGGACGACCUAGAUUCAGCUGCCUGGCGUGUUACCGACGCCUUCAAUCGCUCCACCGUCACCCACCUUGUCUCUCCCAAACCCUUUGUACGAACAGUAAACCUGUUCAAGUGCAUUCUCGCCAACGUGCCUGUCGUUAGCCAGGAGUGGGUUGUUCAGUCGGCCCAGCGGAACAGUUACGCGUACUUAAAAGGUCCCUUUUUCUUUAUUUCAUACGAUACCGUUAUCCACUUAAUUGUCUGCAAGGCCGACUUUUAA